UAUCUGUCCUGGGAAAAGUCAAAACCAAUUACAAGAAGCAUAAAUAGAAUUGGUCGUUGAACUAGCGUUAUUGAAAUUGACAAUUUUCACUUGACUAUUGGAUAAACCCAUAUCAUACUCUACUACUACCUAUCCUAUGAAUUUGAUGUUCUCAUCAACUCUCUGUCAACCAAUUGUAGUAAUUCUAAACGUGCGCAGCGCACAUUAUCAUUAACCAGUCCUCGCCGGCCGGCAACGAUCUCCAAUACCUGAAGUUCAAGAGAAAUGGGGAACAAGAGAGUGAUGAUACCGGUGACUGAAGUUGACUUGACGGCCGUGAAUUACAUACCGGAGAAUAUUCAAGCUCCACAUUUGACUGGUUUCUGGUUCAAGUUCUUUCUGAAGCUGGCUGAAGCACCGGGUAUUGGAUCUUUGAUUGUAAAUCACCUCAAGAAUGAAAAUAAAAUUGACGAGAAGUUGAAGUACACCGUCAUACCGGAGGGUCCUAUGUUUAAACCUGAAUUUCCUCCUCAAGAGCCAGAAACUGCUGUUGUCAGCCUGGAAGAAGAUGCGAAGCCUGAAGACCGGGUUGAGCUAGCCUUAAAGUGUCUUCCAGAAUAUGAUCCAGCUAGCAAUUGGAGUGGUGAUUCAACUGCAUCAUUCCGCUAUUGGAAGAUUCGUGAUUAUGCAUAUGCAUACAAAUCUAAGUUUACAACUCCAUCUAUGGUUGCAGAGCGCUUCAUCUCAGCCAUUGAGGAGUUCAACAAUAAGAAUCCCGUAGCACCACUAUUAAUUUCUUUUGACCCUGACGAAGUAAGAAAGCAAGCUGCUGCUUCUACACAAAGAUUUGAACAAGGGAAUCCACUGUCAAUCUUGGAUGGGAUUUUCAUGGCAAUCAAAGACGACAUAGAUUGCUAUCCUCACCCUUCAAAGGGAGCAACUACAUGGAUGCAUGAGGUUCGUGAGGUAAAGAAGGAUGCUGUUUCUGUAUCGAGAUUACGAAGUUGUGGUGCAAUUUUGGUUGGAAAGGCAAACAUGCAUGAGUUGGGCUUGGGCACUACCGGAAAUAACGCAAACUAUGGGACUACACGAAACCCACAUGAUCCAGAUAGGUACACAGGAGGGUCUUCCUCAGGCCCUGCAGCUAUUGUGGCUUCGGGAUUGUGUUCUGCUGCUUUGGGGACGGAUGGAGGAGGUUCAAUUCGUAUUCCUUCUUCCCUUUGUGGUGUUGUGGGAUUGAAGUCAACAUAUUGUCGAACUAGCAUGAAUGGGUCAUUAUGUGAUGAUGGAACAGUGGCAGUUAUUGGACCAAUCGCCACAACAGUUGAGGACACCAUACUUGUGUAUGCAGCAAUUCUGGGGUCCUCUCCUGCUGAUAGAAUCCCUUUGAGACCGUCCCUCCCUUGUGUACCUAAUUUCUCUUCAGAAGAGAGCUGGCAAUCUGUGGGAUCGCUGCGCCUUGGAAAAUAUACAGAGUGGUUUAAUGAUGUCUUCUCAACUGAUAUAUCUGACAAGUGCGAGAAUGUUCUCAGUCGGCUAUCAGAAAAACAUGGAUGCAAAACGGUAGAGAUUGUAAUACCAGAGUUGCAUGAGAUGCGCAUAGCUCAUAUUGUUUCUAUUGGGUCUGAAGCAUUAUGCGCACUGAAUCCAUACUGUUAUGAAGGGAAAGGAGAGAGAUUGACAUAUGAUACUCGCACAACUCUGGCACUUUUUCGUUCAUUUACAGCAGCAGACUAUGUUGCUGCUCAGCGGCUUAGGCGGAGGUUAAUGUAUUUCCAUAUGGAGAUUUUCAAGAAGGUGGAUAUUAUUGUGACACCUACAACUGGCAUGACUGCACCCAGAAUUCCACUAAGUGCUCUUCAAGUUGGGGAGACUAAUUUGCAAGUUUCAGGAAACCUUAUGCGGUUUAUUAUAAAUGCAAAUCUUCUGGGACUUCCUGCAGUUACUGUCCCUGUUGGUUACGACAAGCAAGGGCUUCCUAUAGGUAUGCAACUCAUUGGCCGACCCUGGUGUGAAGCUUCCAUUUUGCGCUUAGCUGCUGCAAUUGAGGAAACUUGUGCUGAGCCCAAGAAGAAGCCACUGCAAUAUUAUGACAUUUUGAAAGGGAACUAGAAAUCAAGCUUACGUCCGUGGGAGCCCCGGGUAAAUGGUAAUUUUGAGUCAUGAAGCUUCAGAAGAUGUGGAUUCAUUUAUCAAGAUCUUGGUGAUUCACAGAAACCAUCUUGAUUUUUUUUUUUUCUUCUCAAAUGAUCUUGAAAUUGGAUGUACUGAGUUUGAGGUACCACUUUAUGAAAUAAUGCAGAUAGUACCUUUUUUAAUCGGUAAAAUUAGUAACUGGAACUUUUAUGUAUUCAAUAAUUGAUUAAUUAUAAAUGCUGUCGAACGCAAAA